UCUGUGAAUGUUUCAUUAUAAAUCAGAGUAAUCAUUACUUCAUCAUAUUUGUCACGUGGGAAGAGAAUCUUUUCACCCUUUUUCAUGUUAUGUUAGACAUUGUGUAUUGAAAUAGCAGUCUAACUGUUUGAGUGCAACAUGAUUUACUUAAACGAUAAUUAUUAUGUAUUGUGUGUGUAUUUGUUGUGAGUGAUUAUCCUGCGUUGACUUGUGAUUUGUAUUUGCUAAAUUGCGUUUUUGGGUACUAUUCCCAUAUGUCAGAAAUGUCUCCUCAAAGUACUUUUACACCCACCUGUGUAUGCGGCUCAAAAAGGGGAAGUGGACCUUCAACAACGUAUUUAUCACUCAUGAUCAACACUAUUCAACAAUGCCCUUGAAAGCAGAACUAAAGCGAGAACAGCACAUCUGACAGCACACUUUUUUUUUGACACAAUCUUACAAAUGCACACAUUAUACAUGUAUUUGUCUUUUUAAAAAUGAAUAUAAGCCUACAUACAGCUCACUUACAUUAGGACUAUUGAAAUGGAGGGGAAAGGAUUUAUUCAUAAUAAUAAAAUCUUGCUUCUUAAUAUCUACAUCCACACAAAGGGGCUCUGUCGCCCCUGCUGGCUUUUCCGUGUAACAACAAACAGCGGUUGGGGAGGUCCGGCCCAUUUCACUUGGUUUUUCCCCCUGUUAGGCAAAAUCACAUGAUGUGGAUUUUGCCGUAUGACACUAAUACGAGCAGCGAUCCCUCGGCGAGCGUCCCCGUCGUCCUCCGUGAACACAGAGGCAGCUCGGGCACUUUGUCCGGGAUGAGAUGCUGUAGCCUGACAUUGUUCGGCGGUAGUGAUCGGUAAUACCUGGAGGAUGGGCCGCCGGGGGGUUCUGCCUGCAGUAUGCGCCGCUUGUUUCAUGGGCAUGGUGUUGAGCCAGACCACACUCACCCCCGCCGUGAUGAACACCACACUCAUCCAGAAUGUGACCAGUCUGACUGUCACCCCCGUGAUUCUCAGCAGCACCACCCCGGGCUGCUUUGAAUACAACAUUUCCACUUGUGAGCCGUGUGCACCGGGAUCUCAGUACGACAACAACACCCUGCUGUGUACGUGCUGCUCUGACCCCGGGCUGUGUCUAUUUCCUGGAGCCUGUCUACCAUGCACCACAGGUUUCUAUCAGCCGCUAGCAGGACAGCAGCAGUGUCUCCCCUGUAACCGGGGCUUCUACACAAAUUUCACCGGAAGCCCUUUGUGUCACCCCUGCCCUCUUGGGUCCUUCAACAAUAACACCGGCAGAGACAGUUGCUCCACUUGUUCACCAGGUUACUUUUCAGCGCAGCAGAGCUCCACCUCAUGUGCGCCGUGUGCACUGGGAAGUUUUUGCAACUCCGUUGGUUGUAGCCAGUGCCAGAUGUGUCCUGGAGGAACAGAAGCUCUGCAGCCUGCAGCUGAAGACUGCACACCAUGUCGACCGGGCAUGCACAAGGCUCCCCAUCAGACCAUGUGUCAGAUCUGCGCGAGUGGCUUCUUCCAGAUCCACUGGGGCCAGGACAGCUGUGAUGUAUGCCCAGAGAAUCACUACUGCCCUAGUCCAGACGUGAACCCCAUCAAGUGUCCCAGCGACGCGUUCUGUCCGGCGGGCAGCUUGUCUCCAGGUUACUGCAUGGAGACUUUCUUCCGCAAAGAAGGGGAAACCUGUGAACUGGCCCCUGUCACCAUCGCUCUUUUAGUUAUUGGAGGAGGGGUGGCCCUGCUCUUCAUCAUUUUAAUGGUCCUACGUAGACGGAAAGACACAGACGGAGAGCUGUCUGUAGCCCGAGCUCCGCUACUACGCAAAGAGCGACCUCAGGGUCGGUACUACGGGAUGCCCUGUGAUGCAGAACCUGUAUAUGCCGGCUGGUGAACCAAAGGAACGCGUCCUAGCUUUCCCAAAACCGUGUUAAAUCCUAUCUUCAUGUCGGUCCCAACUGAAAACAAAAGGACUGAUGCUUUGACGGUACUUUGAAAAGCCAUCAUCUUUUUUAAGUUUGAAUAUAUUAUUGAGAAACAAAAGUUUUUGUGAGUUCUUGUAGCUUGACACUGUUACAGUUGUCCCAGUCAGAUACAAACACACUCCAUCCGUAAACUAUGUUAUUAGAUUGUGAGAGAUAUGCUGGAACGGUGAAAACGAGACGCAUGCCUUGACUUGGUGGGAACCUCUCUCUCUUAUGAAUAGCACUUUUUAAAAAAGAGAUAACUGAUUUACUUUGCACUUAAGUAACGGUAGACUUGUGGAUGCCUCCAUUAACUUGUGUAGUUCCGCAGUUACAGAGAGGUCCUCAUAAUAUAUGGUUGGUACCUUGGUUUUAAAUGCAUUUAAUAGCACAUUAUGCUGUGUGUUGAUUAAUUGAUACCUUUGCUUAAUGUUUUUGGUUAUUUGUUUUUUAAGAUUAUAGUUGUAUGUUUAUAUGAUGUAAGAAAAUAAAUUUCAAUUGUGGCUUAAGCUGAAUUACA